CCAUCUCAAGAUUAGUCUUUGUUAAUCUAGUUUUUUUCAUAAUUUUACCCUUGAAAUAUUCCUGAGAACUUUUAAUUUGUCUCAUCUAAGUUGCCACCCACCCAAGGUGAAGAGACCCAGAGUUCUGAAUGUGAAGGCUGUAUUGUUAAGCCCCUGGGCCCGGUGCACCGAGGGAGUCUCACAGGCCGGGAAAGUGCUCGAGAAGCCUGCGCGAUGAACAUAAGAUGUUGCUACAAAACCUACCUCCUGUGUUAAUCUCUCUCUUGGGAGCUGCACAGCAAUGUUGGAUCUGAGCAGAAUGUCUGCUGACUGCGUUGAAAACCUCUGACGGGCCGACACAACACAGGAUGGCUUAAGAGUGGCUCAGAGCUUCCAACGAGAUUCUUUUCACUAAGGCUGCGGCAGUUUUGGUUCUGAGUACUGAAGAUAACAGUGAUAGUUUGUCCUUCCUUUACUUUGAAGUAGUCACUGGAUCUUCCAUCAGUGAGACUGACUCUCCUCAUCUCUGGGAGCUGUUAAUGGAAUACAGUCAUGUCCACUCACGACAAGAAGCAGGUCAACAGUGAGUAUGCUGUGUCCUUGCUGGAACAGUUAAAGCUGUUUUACGAGCAGCAGUUAUUCACUGACAUAGUGUUGAUCGUGGAAGGCACCGAGUUCCCGUGCCACAAGAUGGUCCUCGCGACAUGCAGCUCUUACUUCAGAGCCAUGUUCAUGAGUGGAUUGAGUGAGAGUAAACAGACACACGUACAACUGCGGAAUGUUGACGCGGCCACCUUAGAGAUGAUCAUCGCUUACGCAUACACGGGGAACUUGGCGGUCAGCGACAGCACCGUGGAGCAGCUCUAUGAGACGGCUUGUUUCCUGCAGGUAGAAGAUGUGUUACAACGUUGCCGUGAGUAUUUAGUUAAAAAAAUCAACGCGGAGAAUUGUGUGCGCUUGUUGAGUUUUGCGGAUCUGUUCAGCUGUGAAGAAUUGAAACAAAGCGCCAAACGGAUGGUGGAGCACAAGUUCCCUGCCGUGUGCCGCCAGGAAGCUUUCCUGCAGCUGUCCCACGACCUGCUGAUAGACGUUCUCAGCAGCGACAACCUCAACGUGGAGAAGGAGGAGACGGUGCGUGAGGCCGCCAUGCUGUGGCUGGAGCACAACACGGAGGCUCGGUCCCAGUACUUGUCCUCAGUCCUCAGCCAGAUCAGGAUCGACGCCCUCUCAGAAGUGACCCAGAGAGCUUGGUUUCAAGGGCUGCCACCCAAUGACAAGUCCGUGGUGGUUCAGGGCCUCUAUAAGUCCAUGCCCAAGUUCUUCAAGCCGAGGCUCGGCAUGACUAAGGAGGAGAUGAUGAUCUUCAUCGAAGCGUCUUCCGAAAGCCCCUGUAGUCUUUUCUCCUCCGUCUGCUACAGCCCCCAGGCAGAGAAGGUUUACAAGCUGUGCAGCCCCCCAGCUGAUCUGCACAAGGUGGGAACUGUUGUGACUCCCGACAACGACAUCUACAUAGCAGGUGGCCAAGUUCCUCUGAAAACCUCAAAAACCAACCACAGCAAGACGAACAGAUUCCAGACCGCCUUCAGGACUGUGAACUGCUUCUACUGGUUCGAUGCCCAGCAGAACACCUGGUUUCCGAAGACCCCGAUGCUCUUCGUGCGUGUGAAGCCGUCUUUGGUCUGCUGUGAAGGCUACAUCUACGCGAUCGGGGGAGACAGCGUGGGCGGGGAGCUUAAUCGGAGGACGGUCGAGAGGUACGACACCGAGAAGGACGAGUGGACGAUGGUCAGCCCGCUGCCCUGUGCCUGGCAGUGGAGCGCGGCCGUGGUGGUUCACGACUGCAUCUACGUGAUGACGCUGAACCUUAUGUACUGCUACUUCCCACGGUCCGAUUCCUGGGUGGAAAUGGCCAUGAGGCAGACGAGCAGGUCUUUCGCUUCAGCGGCGGCUCUCGGUGAUAAGAUCUUCUACAUUGGAGGGCUGCACAUCGCUACCAACUCUGGCCUGCGACUCCCCUCUGGUACCGUAGAUGGGUCAUCAGUAACUGUGGAGGUUUACGACGUGAAUAAAAACGAGUGGAAAAUGGCCGCCAACAUCCCCGCAAAGAGAUACUCAGACCCCUGCGUCAGAGCCGUCGUGAUCUCGAAUUCUCUGUGUGUGUUCAUGCGGGAAACGCACUUAAACGAGAGAGCGAAGUAUGUCACCUACCAGUAUGACUCGGAGCUCGAUCGGUGGUCUCUGCGGCAGCACAUAUCGGAACGUGUGCUGUGGGACUUGGGGAGAGACUUCCGAUGCGCUGUGGGGAAACUCUACCCGUCCUGCCUCGAGGAGUCUCCGUGGAAGCCUCCUGCGUACCUGUUCUCGCCAGAUGGGGCGGAGGAGUUUGAACUGGACGGGGACAUGGCUGCCCUCCCGCCUGUAUAGCCGGGGCCGGGGCUGGCACGCCUGGCUCACUUGCUGUGUUCAUUUUCUUUGCUAAACGAGAGAGGCUAUGAGAGGAGUAAAUAUCUAUCUUUGAUAAAUUUUAUUUUUAUGCCCUACUUAAUAUCUGCAUCAGUAUAAUAUAUGUAUCUCAGUGAGUCUUACAGAAGAUAGGCUUCCCUAACACGAACUAGAGUAUCCGGUCAUUGAGAAAACGUGUAUCCCGAGGACACAGUCGGGAUUGUCUGGCAUUCUUAGCCCUGUGUGUACAGUUCAGAAAGUUCACUUACUAGUUUCCUGUUCCUAGCGUGGUGUAUUGCAAACUGCCACGGUUAUCUUAGUAUGUAUUUCAUUCCUGUGCUUCUGUGCCGGAGUCCUGGAAUAGUCUCUUUUAAGUGUCACUGAUUCAGCUGCACUUAACACUAAUGUCCAUGUUGGUCUAGAAACGGAGGCAGACCUUCCACGUUACGUGUUACAGGGGAAGCGAUGGCUGCAGGGUCGUCCUAACUCUACUCCCAGGUGCAUGCACUCCCUUCUCAGCAGCGCAGACGCGUCUGUCUAGAAUACAGGUCUUCCUACCAGCUGGCCGGUCUUCUGCCGCACGUGCACGUGAGUUGCCGGGUCUGCAACGACUGCCAGCCUCUCCUGCGGGCGUGUGUGUGUGUGUGUGUGUGUGUGUGUGUGUGUAGCUUUCCCCCGUCAGCGCCUCCACUCCGUCACAGUAUGGGCUCACGCGCGACUCCCCGCUGCCGUGCUGGCGUGCUUCUCCAUCUUAGAGACAGAGUGGGUGGGACAGCUCACACCCCUUACUAGUGAACGUUACCGCAGAGCGACUGUGUAGAUGCCUGUUAGCUGUAUGUUUUGUUGGUGUUUUCUUGGCGUGUGUGUGGUGGGUAGGACUGGAAAGGUGACCUGAGUGACGGAGGCCCUCUCAGCACGCACUGUGCGGAAGAGCAGGGGCCUAGUCCUGCGUUGGCUCUCUCCCAGGAACGCCGCCAAGCUGACACUGACAGGUGCUUCACGACACACCUUACUCGCAUGUUCAACUGCGGAAUGUUCGGGCACUGUAUUUUGAAUGACAUUAAUUUAUUAAAUAGAUUGUAUAUAUUCAG